GUCACAGAUCACAAGUGUUAUGACACAGAAUACUAAGCAAUUAUUCUGUUGUUUUGGGACCUGUGAAAUCACAACUUUUGUGACCUUUAUUUACGUUGUUAGGUGAAUUUUUUGAGAUUAACUAUAUGGAGAAUCCAAAAUGUUUGACGUCCUUGUGUAAAUAAUUAUUGGAUUCAUAAAAGUGGUGGUGUUUUGUCAAAGAUAUUGCUGUAAUAAUAAGUUGAAGAACAUUUCGGAACUUGCCGUCCUUUUCCUUUGCUUUUGGUGACUUUAUUUGUAUACACAUUAUUGCCAGAGUGAGAUUUUCAUUAUUCAAAAGCGACUUUAACAUCAGAAAAAUAAUGUGAAAAUCAUGACAAGACAUUUAUUGCGAAAUACUCAACAUAUACAAUGCCCAAGAAAACCAUGAUUGCCAAAAUUUGCCCUUCCUGUAAGCAACAGGUACCUGUAGCUUGUAAGUCUUGCCGUUGUGGACACUUCUUCUACAAUGCAAAGCGCAUUGCUAGAGAGUUUGCAAUUGAAGCUGAUUAUAGGCGGCGUACAGCUAGAGUUCGAAGAGAAAAGCCAAAUUACUAUGAUGCCCUUGAAUAUGAUAAACAUAUCAAGAAAAUAAAAAAGAGAAUAAGCGAAUGUGAUAAUGAAGAUGACGAUGAUUUAAAAAAAGAAAAUUGUAAAAAUAAGAAGAAAAAGGUAAAGAAAGAAGAAGAUGAAGAUGAUGAAGUGUUAUCCAAAGUCACUCCAGAUAUGCAGCAACACUGUCAGAUGAUUUUAGAUCACCUGAAUCUGAAAUUAAAGAUGGUUACUUGGAAACCUAAUUAGGUGAUCAAGGUACUUAUAGAGUGAGUCAAGUCUCAUGACAAUCUUCAUAACAUUUACUACUGAAAUAUAUCAAAGAAGAAUGGUUGAAACAGAGGUUUAAUUACUGAAAUUCAAUUAUUCCAAGAAAAAUAUACAUUUCCAAUGAAGAAAUUCAUUUAAUCUUGUUAGUCAUCUACAUAAUAUUGAGUAGAAGAAGGAAACCUGAGAUGAAUGAAAAAUUAAAUUUAACCUAAAUUCACAAUGUUCAGCAGAGCUGCAUAUAUCAAAUCACAAUUCUGGAUGGAUGAAUAAGUCUUGACCUGUUUAUUUUAACAUUCUUUUUGGUAGAUUUUUCAGAAGAUUAUAAGGUAGGCUCAUAAUUAGAAAAAAAUGCAUCAUGCUUUCAUAUUUUCAUUUUGUUUUGUUUAACAAUAAUUUUUUACCACAUACUGUCAUUUAUUUUUUGUUAAUCUGAUGUACACAAACUAUAACUUACUUUACAUAUACAUUUUUGUAUAGUAUUUUAGAACGUUUUCAAAUAAAAAAAGGUACCUCUGAAAUAUUUUACAUUUGGAGUCUAUUGACACACCCUUCAACUUGUAGUUGAACUUUUGUAAGUUAUUUUGGAAAAUAUUUGUGAGUUUAUUCAACAUUAUCUGAAGAUGAAAUUAAUAACACUAGUA